CCUGCAAAAGUAAGAAUUAAGCAAUCCAACUCAACACGGUAAAAAACGACAUUUUACCCAAUACCGUUACCCUCGUUCCGUAAACGAAUAGCUAACCAUAAGUAGCACCAAAUUCAUUAUUACAAUAAAUAUUAUUACCUCUGCAAAUUCACGGAAAUUUGCUUCAUGAAAUUUGCUCCAAUCCUUUUAAAAUCGACAUGGACCUGAACAUAGGGAAAAAGUGGGGAUGCUCAACGUGCACAAAAACGUUUAAAACUUAUAGCGACUUGACCAAACACAUCGUCACGUACGAUCCCGAUGCCAAGGUUAAAUGUGAGGUUUGCGGCUUUAUUUCCAAAAACAGACGAGCCUUAUCUUGCCACAUGCGGAAACAACACAGCAACCGGAAGCGACCCAGUUGUGAUACUUGUCACCGUGUAAUGUCUUCCUAUUACGCUUUACGGCAGCAUAUUGACGCCUUUCACAACACGAAAGAACGACCUCGUUUGCCAUGCACGUUUCUCGGAUGUGAGAAAACCUACCAAAACAGGAGUAGUAUUUUGCAUCACGCGAGAACUGAACACUCCGAAAAUCCGGUCCGAUUUCCGUGCACACUUUGCAAAAAGGAAUUCAAAACGAGGACUGAACUUGAGAUUCACAUUCCCACCCACACCACGGAGAAGCCGUACAAUUGUGCCACUUGUGGGAGGAGGUUUGCCAACAGGGGAUAUAUGAAACUUCACGAGACGACGCAUUUGGAAAAGUCUGCACGAAAGGUGUCAAAGUGUCACAUCUGUACUCAGAUCUUCUUUUUUACAAGUGGUCUGCAAAACCACAUCCGAGUUGUGCAUGAAAAUCAGAAGAAUUAUCCGUGCCAGGUUUGCGACAAGAGAUUCUCCAAGCCAUCAGAAUUGAAGUUUCACGUGGAGGCGAGACAUGCCACGAAUAAGGAGCCGGUCCAUUCCUGCGACAAAUGCGAGUUCAGGAGCCACUGGAAAGGCAAUUUGAGCAAGCACAGAUUACGUCACAAUCCAGCGAGGCAUGAAUGUUACUUCUGUGGGAAGAAAUUCUUCGUUUUUCACGAGUUCGUCCAUCAUUUUUGAGUUCAUACUCUGGAAAAGUCGUAGAUACGGUAUUAAUAAUUUAAAAAAGUUGAAAAAUUGAAAUACUUUUGUAUAUGACGGGAAUUUCUUUCGAAUUUGUAUUAAAUAUCGUCGUUGAAGCUGCCAAAAGAGCUAAAUCCAUUUUAUGUCGAUUACCAAAAGAGCCAAAUCCAUUUUGUGUCAAUUGCCAAAAGAGCCAAAUCCAUUUUAUGUCAAUUGCCAAAAGAGCUAAAUCCAUUUUAUGUCAAUUGCCAAAAGAGCCAAAUCCAUUUUGUGUCAAUUGACAUAAAAUGGAUUUGGCUCUUUUGGCAGCUUCAACGACGAUAUGUAUUUAUUUGACAUAUGUGACUUGAGCACGAAGUUUGGUUAGUGCGUAUAGAUAAAGUUGCUUGAAAUUACUUUCUCUAGCUGACCAGCAAGUUUUGUUAUAUUUUCCUACGCAGAUUGUAACAAACCUUUUUUUAUACGGUAACAGCCGUAUUCUUUUUAAAUAAAACGAUACUUGUUAAAUAUUACAUUCACUGACAGUGAAUCACUGUCAAUAACAUGGUAUUCAUUUUGUAUAUUGAUACUAUUAGAAAACCGGUAGUAAACCAUUACCGGCCGGACGGCACCG